AUGGACGCAGAUCAAAUUGCCACGGCAUUUCAUACGCGCUGGCAUCCUGCAAACACUAGCAAGACACCUCAUACAAGCUUUGAUGCGCUGGCUGCCUUGCAGUUUCUCGACCAGUUUGAAGACUUGGCAUCUCCUGAUGACGUCGAUGCUAUACGCUGCGAAGUUAGGGACAUGUACGAACAAACAGCAUUCAAUGGUCAAUCAAGUGAAUCGCUGUCAAGUCGCAUAAAGCAAGCUGCAAGAGCAAGGAAUCCAAGUAAGAGAAGCACUUCCGAAGCUUCUCUUUCUGUCGACGAUCUACUCAACAUGAUGACAAUACUGCCAGAUCCAGCCAUUCCAGAGUUUCCUCGUUUGUCAAAAAAUGUAAUAGACAAGGCUUUAUCGAAACGUGUCGAUGAAACACGUGUUAUAGCUCGCUCAGGCUCUUUACCUCGAAUGAAGACCUUUGUUCCGCCAAUGAUAAUGCAACAAUACCAAGUCACAGCAUCAAGAACUGCUCCAGGACAAGAAGCACCACUAAAAGUUAACAAGUCUGUACAAACUGAUUCUCCUGAAAAGGUCAAGAACGAAUCUCGGCCGAAACGCAAGAAUAGACAUCCAAGUCCAGAUAGUGAGAAUGAAGACGUAGAACCAUUGUCAAAGAAGCCUUCUUUUGCAACAUUUGCAACAGCUAGAGACGUGUUGGCAGUGGAAAUGGAAAAGACCAACACUCGAAAGGAUUCCAAUGAUGAAGAUAUACUCGAAACAAUGACAAGAACAAAAUCAGAGGCAAAUAGUAUACCUGCUAUAACAAAAUCGAAAAAAUUUGUUCCUCCACUCAUGAAUGGCGAUGGAGCACCCACUAAGAAGAAAGCCAAAGACGAACCUGUCGAUGAACGACUACGAAACAUUGAAAAGAGAAUGUUGGAUAUGAUCCUCAACGAAGUCUUAGAAAAGGCACCUACUGUGUCAUGGGAUGAUAUCGCAGGUCUGGAGCAUUCCAAGUUGGCUAUAAAGGAAGCUGUAGUAUGGCCCAUGCUACGUCCUGAUAUUUUCAAGGGGAUUCGAGGUCCACCCAAAGGAUUAUUGUUGUUUGGACCACCUAGAACAAGAAUAGGUAAAACGUUGAUUGGGAAAUGUAUCGCUUCUCAAGUCAAGGCUACUUUUCUGAGUAUAUCUGCCUCAUCACUUACCUCGAAAUGGAUUGGUGAAGGAGAAAAGAUGAUGAGAGCUCUAUUUGCUGUAGCUCGUGUUCAUCAACCUUCAAUCAUCUUUGUGGAUGAGGUGGACUCGCUGCUCACUCAGAGGCAGGAUGGAGAGAAUGAAGCAACUCGACGAAUCAAGACAGAGUUCUUGGUUCAAUUUGAUGGUAUGGGUUGUGCGAGGUCGUCGUCAACUGAAGAUCGAGUGCUGGUAGUCGGAGCAACGAAUAGGCCUAGUGAGAUUGAUGAAGCUGCUAGGAGGAGGUUUCGAAAGAAGUUAUACAUACCCUUACCAGAAGCUGAAGGCAGAAGACACAUUAUUCGCAACUUGUUGAAGAAUCAAGAGCAUUCGUUAGAUGAAGAACAAAUGCAAGAUAUUGUUGCUCGAACUGAGGGUUACAGUGGGUCUGAUAUGGAUGGACUUGUUCGAGAGGCUGCUCUAGGUCCUGUUCGAGAGAUCAUCGACAUACAAAAUGUAGAGCUCAAGGAUGUUCGGCCAGUCACUUUUGAAGACUUCAUUGAUGCACUCACGCAAGUAAAGAAAAGUGUAGCAGAACGAGAGCUUGAAUCCUAUCUGAAGUUUGAUGACGAAUAUGGAGCGAAAAGUGGUAAUAGUAAAACGACCACCGCUUUGUAA